AUGAGCAGCAUUGAAUUUCCAUCGAAAAAACGUCUCGUCACUAAUCGAGAAACUUUCGCGCUUUUGCAUCAAGUUCGACGUUUUUGUGGUUUUACGCCUUUUUAUUUGUAUCAUGCGGAUAAAAAUUCUCCAUUGAUGUCUGUGAAAAUAACGAUCAAAGAUGCUUUGUGCUUCGUGACAUGCUGUGUCAUUUACACUUAUUUUAGUAUGCAAAAUUAUCACUAUCGGAUUCUAUUUGCCAUGUCGCGGUCAUUUUUAUCGAAUAUGGGAAACAUUUUGAUAACAUUUUGUGGAGUUUUGAUGGCAGCUGGUUGUCCUAUCAUGAAUAUAAUUAAUCGCAAGAAAAUUUGUAAAAUGUUUAAUAUGGUGGAGGAAUGGGAUGUGAAUCUCUACUACGACUUAAAUGAAACUCUCGACAUGGUGCCCAUCAAAAAACGUCUCUACAUUUACAUGCUUUAUGGCUUUGGAUCAACUUUCUUCAACGCAACUAGUUCCAUCUUCAUGUUUCUUUACAUCACGGACUUCAAUUUCUUCAAGGAAUGGUACUUCCUCCUAUGCUACUUCAUAGUCUGCUUGGCAUAUUUCGUCUUCAUUUCACACUUUAUCAUCUGGUUGCAAGUCAUUUGCAAUCGCUUUCAUGUACUCAACGUCGUUCUCGAAAAACGAACAAAUUCUCAAGUAAUGAAGAAACAAACCUCCGAAGAACUCGAAAACUCAAUAAUAAAAAUUUCAAUUUUACACAAUGAGGUCUCAGAAAUCUUGGAAUUGGGAAAUCGACUUUUUUCUGUGCAAAUGAUUCCAUUUUUCACGACUUUUAUGUGUUACUUGAUUUUCGUAGCGUUUCAAGGGUAUUUGUUGUUUUUUGAUUACAACACGGAGGAUCUCAUCAAAACCCUCAUGAAUGUCCUGUGGUUGGUUUGGUUGAUAGUUCUCGUCGUAAUAAUUGUUCAUAAUGCAAGUAAAAUAUUGGAAUUGAGUGAGGAUAUGGCGAUUAAAGUUCAUAACACAAUUAAUCAACUGGAUCCGAGGAAUUAUUGUUCAGUUGUUCGACGAAUGCGGUACUUUGUGCAGCAAAUUCAACAUCGGAAGCCAGUUGUGUCCUGUGGAUUGUUUGUCAUUGAUUAUUCGUUGCUUUUGGGGAUGUCAAGCGCUUUUAUUACAUUUAUCGUAAUUUUGAUCCAAUUUGAGACCGUCAAGAAUAUUUAA